AUGACCAUAGCCUCCGGGCUCACCUCGCUCUUCACCUGCCUCGUCUCGCACCGAGCCACCUACGCGCGCCUGCAAGCAGAGGUCGACAUGCACUACCCGCGCGCGCACCGCGCCAUGACGUACCUCGCCGCAGUGCUAAACGAGACGCUGCGCCUAUUCCCGCCGGUCCUGGCCUCACUGCAGGAGACAAGUGCGUUCCCGUCGAGUGACCGCGACGGCACUCUGGGUGCGCGUCUGCCCAACGCGCACGACUCGAAGUCUCGAGGGUCGGUCGGGUUCGCGCGCAACGAGGCCGCAUUCCGCCCAUUCUCGUACCACCACUGA